GAGAGGAUACCAGCCAGCUUGAGCCUGAGGCCAGUCACCAAGACAGGAAGAAGAAGAAGAAGGAUAUGGCAUCCGCUACUCUCCUCAAGUCCUCCUUCCUCCCCAAGAAGGCCGAAUGGGGCGCGGCACGGCAGGUGGCCGCCCCGAGAGUCUCUAUGGUCGUCCGCGCUGGCGCCUACGACGAUGAGCUCGUCAAGACCGCGAAAACGAUCGCGUCUCCCGGACGCGGCAUCCUAGCCAUGGACGAGUCGAACGCGACAUGCGGGAAGCGGUUGGACUCGAUCGGGCUGGAGAACACGGAGGCGAACCGGCAGGCGUUCCGGACGCUGCUCGUCUCCGUCCCCGGCCUCGGCAACCACAUCUCCGGCGCCAUCCUCUUCGAGGAGACCCUCUACCAGUCCACCGUCGACGGCAAGAAGAUCGUCGACAUCCUGGUGGAGCAAGGCAUCGUGCCCGGGAUCAAGGUGGACAAGGGCCUCGUCCCGCUCACCGGAUCCAACGACGAGUCCUGGUGCCAGGGCCUCGACGGCCUCGCCUCCCGGGAGGCGGCCUACUACCAGCAGGGCGCCCGCUUCGCCAAGUGGCGCACCGUGGUGAGCAUUCCCAACGGGCCCUCCGAGCUCGCUGUCAAGGAGGCCGCCUGGGGCCUGGCACGCUACGCCGCCAUCUCCCAGGACAACGGCCUGGUCCCCAUCGUGGAGCCGGAGAUCCUGCUGGACGGUGAGCACGGCAUCGAGCGCACCUUCGAGGUGGCGCAGAAGGUGUGGGCGGAGACCUUCUACUACAUGGCCCAGAACAACGUCAUCUUCGAGGGCAUCCUGCUCAAGCCCUCCAUGGUCACCCCCGGCGCCGAGUGCAAGGACAGGGCCACCCCGGAGCAGGUCGCCGACUACACGCUCAAGCUCCUCAGCCGCCGCGUCCCGCCAGCCGUGCCCGGGAUCAUGUUCCUGUCGGGAGGGCAGUCGGAGGUGGAGGCCACGCUGAACCUCAACGCCAUGAACCAGUCGCCCAACCCGUGGCACGUCUCCUUCUCCUACGCCAGGGCGCUGCAGAACACCUGCCUCAAGACGUGGGGUGGCCGGCCGGAGAACGUCAAGGCGGCCCAGGAGGCGCUGCUGCUCCGCGCCAAGGCCAACUCGCUCGCCCAGCUCGGCAAGUACACCAGCGACGGCGAGGCCGCCGAGGCCAAGGAGGGCAUGUUCGUCAAGAACUACAGCUACUAAUUAAUCGCUCUCGCUCAAACCCACUCCGGCCCCGUUAUAUACUAUCGUACUAAGCAGAUGGUGAUGAUGAUGAUACUCCAAACGCAAGUGCAAGAUCGAUCGAGCAGCAGCGCGCCGAUCGCACGGAGAGAUGGCUUACUGCAUUCCAUUACACGAUUUGCUAGAUCUUUUUUUUUUUGUUUUUUAAACUUUGGCGCCUCUCGAUUAUGCUCCACUAGAUUGUAAAGCUGCCUGCCUGUAUGUGUGACCCGUGGAUUUUCAUGCAUGGUUACUGCAAAAUUUUGCAUGUUCGUACCUAAUUAAUUAUUAAUGGUUAAUA